UUCUGUGCUGUGUGACUAGUGACCAAGAUGCCUGAGCCGGCGAAAUCUGCUCCCGCGCCCAAGAAGGGCUCUAAGAAAGCGGUGACCAAGACCCAGAAGAAGGGGGAUAAGAAGCGCCGCAAGACCAGGAAGGAGAGUUACUCCAUUUACGUCUACAAGGUGCUGAAGCAGGUUCACCCCGACACCGGCAUCUCUUCCAAGGCCAUGGGCAUCAUGAACUCCUUCGUCAACGACAUCUUCGAGCGCAUCGCCGGGGAGGCGUCUCGCCUGGCGCAUUACAACAAGCGCUCCACCAUCACCUCCCGGGAGAUCCAGACCGCCGUGCGCCUGCUGCUGCCCGGGGAGCUGGCCAAACACGCCGUGUCGGAGGGCACCAAGGCGGUUACCAAGUACACCAGCUCCAAGUAAACACGGGCUGUGUGGCUCUCCGCCAGAGAGACGUCAAUUUCAAAACCCCAAAGGCUCUUUUAAGAGCCACCCACCUUCUCCAUGAGAGGGCUGCGAUCACGGCACGUGGCGUGAGCAACUUGUCUUGCCAAGGCAGCUCCCAGCAAAAGGCACAUAAGAUUUUUUUAGUUACUCUAAUUGGCUUCUUCGAUCUGCUGCUUAUUGGGGGGUUUUCCCGGUGCCCGUUCGGCUUUAGCAAGCCUCGAUUGGCUUCUUGCUUCCUUUAAUUGCCUGUUUAUGAUCAUUAGCUUUGUUUAAGUGGGAGGUGGAUCCGGGAUGGGAUGGGAUGGGCUUGCUUGUUCCUGCCAUGAAAAGGCGGCGCAACUUUUUAAAUACUGUAGACGGGGGAGCUUUUACUGUUCCACGUCAGUGGUUUCGGUAGGAUUUAAUGAUCAGAGAGUUUGUGGUGCUUCUAUCCGGUACUAAGUGCUGAUUAAAAUCAAAGUUUAAAACCGAAUAGAAUUUUAACACUAGCUUUAGACGACGCAGGUUGAGAAGUGUCUGUACGGCUGGGUCUGGUGCUUAGAUUACCCCCACAGACACGAUUUGCUCUUAAAAGUCACGAGGCAUAAUCCGCAAUAACCCAGAGUCAGCGACCGGCUUCUGACCCGCUGCUCACAAAACUCUCGCCGUGCACAAGCGGCGCUUUUUGCCGAAUACCCCGUUUCGCUGCCAACCUCCCACCCCGGGGAAGGGGAGAUGGGGACACCCAGGCGCGACCUGAAAUCCCUAGUCCAUGGAAUCUCCGCGGCUGAGCGAGGGCCCCUCUUCACCUGCAACGACGUUUGGGGGGCGGGAAUCAA